AUGUCUGGACGUGGAAAAGGAGGAAAAGGACUCGGCAAAGGAGGAGCCAAACGCCAUCGCAAAGUUCUUCGUGAUAACAUUCAAGGAAUCACCAAACCAGCGAUUCGCAGAUUGGCCCGACGAGGUGGAGUCAAACGUAUCUCUGGAUUAAUUUAUGAAGAAACUCGAGGAGUUCUCAAGGUUUUCCUUGAGAAUGUUAUCCGGGAUGCUGUUACUUAUUGUGAACAUGCCAAGAGAAAGACUGUCACUGCUAUGGAUGUCGUCUACGCUUUGAAAAGACAAGGACGCACACUUUAUGGAUUUGGCGGAUAA